AUGUCUCAUAAGAAACGUGUCUACCCACAAGCUCAAUUGCAAAUGGGUCAGCAGCCUAUGGACCCUAAUGCAUUCUAUCCACAAGCUGGGAAUGUUGCUAUGAAUAUGCAACAACAAUCACAACCGUUAUCACCACAACAAGCAUCACAACAACCGCAACAAAUGCAACCUGGAAUGGCAGUUCCUAGUCAAAUGUUUACUCCUGCCCAGCAACAAUUAAACCAACAAUUGGAUCAAACUGCUUAUUCAAUGGCUAAUUUACAAUUAAAUAAUAACGCCAUGGAUCCAAGUGCUUACUAUCAACAACAACAGCAACAACAGCAACAACUUGAUCAAUAUGGUCAGUAUCAAAAUCCAAAUAUCGUUGGAAUGAAUCAAAAUCAAGCUAAACCACAGAAACCAAUGAAUCAAUUGUUUUCAAUCGAUUUGUUGACUUCUUUACCACCUCAUAUUGAAGAAUUACAAUAUCCACCUCCUCCAAUUAUGGUCGAACCAUCUAAUUUCUUGGUCCCAUCUGAUGCUGCUAAUGCGUCACCAGACUAUUUAAGAUCAACCUUGAAUGCUGUCCCCAGGACUAAUUCACUUUUGAAAAAAUCGAAAUUACCAUUCGCUAUCGUCAUUAGACCUUACCAACAUUUACAAGAUAAUAUUGACCCACCUCCAUUAAGUGAAGAUAUGAUCGUAUCACGUUGUCGUCGUUGUCGUUCUUAUAUGAACCCAUUCGUUAAGAUCGAUAACGACGCUAAUAGAAGAUGGAGAUGUAAUUUUUGUAGAUUGGCUAAUGAUAUCCCAAUGGCAAUGGAUGAACCAAUGGGUAACGAAAAUUUUGUGAACCGUUAUGAAAGAAAUGAAAUUAAAUACGCUGUCAUGGAAUAUUUAGCUCCAAAGGAAUACACUUUAAGACAACCACCACCAUCUAUCUAUACUUUCAUCUUAGAUGUCUCACAAAAUGCAAUUAGAAAUGGAUUAUUAGCAACAGCAACGAGAUCAAUCUUGGAUAAUUUAGAAUAUUUACCAAAUCAUGACGGUAGGACAAGAGUUUCCAUUUUAUGUGUAGAUAAUGCAAUUCAUUAUUUUGCUGUCCCAAAUGAUGAAGAAUCUGAUCAAAUUGAAAUGAUGGAUAUUUGCGAUUUAGAUGAACCAUUUUUACCAAGACCAAAUUCAUUAGUAGCAUCAUUAAGAUUAUGUAGAAAUAAUUUAGAAAAAGUGUUGAAUAAAAUCCCUGAAAUUUUCCAAGCAAAUUCAAUGACUAAAUUUGCAUUGGGUCCAGGGUUAAAAGCUGCUUACAAUUUGAUUUCAGGUAUUGGUGGUAAAAUUAUUGUCAUUUCUGCCACUUUACCUAAUAUUGGUAUAGGUGCAUUACAAAAAAGACAAGAAAAUAAUGUAACAAAUACUCCGAAGGAAUCUUCUGCCUUAUUAUCUUGUCAAGAUAACUUCUAUAAGAAUUUUACUGUGGAUUGCAGUAAACUUCAAAUUGCUAUUGAUAUCUUUGUAGCUUCUGAUGACUAUAAGGAUAUUGCCACAUUAUCUAAUUUAACUCGUUUCACGGGUGGUCAAAUUCAUCAAUAUCCUGGAUUUAUUGCCACAAAUUUGAUUGACGUUACCAAAUUUACAAAAGAAUUUUCCAAACAUAUUACUAUGGAUCUUUCCACUGAAACUGUAAUGAGAGCAAGGGGUUCUCCUGGUGUUAGAACUGAUAAAUUUUAUGGUCAUUUCUUCAAUAGAUCAAGUGAUUUAUGUGCCUUUUCAGCUUUACCAAGAGAUCAAGAAUACGUUUUUGAAUUGACAUUAGAUGAAAACCUCAUUGGAGAAUAUUGUUACAUUCAAGUAGCAACUUUGUUGUCAUUGAAUACCGGUCAACGUAGAAUUAGAGUUAUCACUUUAUGUUUACCAACUUCUGAUAAUAUAUCUGAUAUUUUUGCAUCUGCUGAUCAAUUGGCCAUUACUGCAGUAUUAACUCAAAAAGCUAUUCAAAAAGCUAUUAAUUCAAGUUUGAAUGAAGCGAGAGAUUUCUUAACUAGAUCUAUUCAAGAUAUUUUAUUGUCAUACAAGAAAGAAAUAGUCUCAUCUAAUGUUACAGGUACAUCCCCAUUAAGAUUAUCUUCUAAUUUGAGAAUGUUGCCAUUAUUGAUUCACUGUUUAACUAAAAAUGCUGCGUUUAGAGCAAGUAUUAUACCAAGCGAUCAUAGAAGUGGUGCAUUAAACUAUUUGGAGACUGCUCCAUUGAAAUACUUAAUUAAAAACAUUUAUCCAAAUGUUUAUUCUUUACAUGACAUGCCUGAUGAUGUUGGUUUACCUGAUGAAAAUGGUUCAAUUGUUUUACCUCAACCUGUCAAUGCUUCCUCAGCAUCAUUUGACAAAUACGGGUUAUACUUAAUCGAUAACUCAAAGGAAUUAUUUUUAUGGAUGGGUGGUGAUGCAGUUAGCGAAUUAAUAUCUGAUGUCUUUGGUACUCCCGAAAUAUUCCAAAUACCUACAGGUAAAGCUGAAUUACCAGUGGUUCCAUCUUCCACUUUCAAUGAAAGAGUAAGAAACAUCAUCUCGAAAGUUAGAGAACAUGAUGAUGUUGUCACUUAUCAACAAUUGUAUAUCGUAAGAGGUAUAUCUCAAUCUGAACCUGUUGCUCAUGUUAGUGCAAAGGAAUUAAGCACAUUAAGAUUAUGGGCUAAUAGUGAAUUAGUUGAAGAUAAGAUCUUAAAUAAUGAAAGUUACCGUGAAUUCUUACAAAUUAUCAAGGGGAAGCUUAAUAAAUAG